UGUGGCCUUCUUCUCCUUUUUCCAACACAUCCCACCACAUGUCUACAGUAGCAACAAAUACAUAUAGUUAGGCUUGGCCAAGGACAGCGCUAAAUGGAAUGGGAAUGAUGCUGCUGCUGCUCGUUGUCAUCAUCAUUGCCAUUGCCUGCUCGCCUGCCUCUAUCUGGACCUACGAGAUCAAAGAUUUGGGCUGUGACAUUGGAUUCGAUUCUCUUCCUCCAUCACCUAAUAAUUACCCAUCUACGUAAUUCAUACCUACCUACCUACGAAGUAGUAUCCGACACAGUGUCCAACGUCAUCACUUGAUUUCUCUCACCCGGGCAAUUAAUCAAUCAAUCAAUCCAUCACAUACGACGCUUUUUGGCGCUGUAACUUGUCGCAUUCACCACACCCAGCUCGCCAAAUAAAGAGCCCGUGUUCUCCCCUCUGCCCAGCCUAAUAUUACUCUCAACCGUGCACAGCAGUACGUAGCCAUGGGGAAACCGACAAUACCCAGUGCCAGCAUCCAGCUGCCCUAUCCGCUGUACUGCUGUGACUUCGUAGAUCCCGAUCGCCUGGUCGUUGCCGGCGGCGGAGGCCCAGGACGCAAUGGAGUCGGAAACAAGAUUACCCUGCUUGACACAUCGGAUGCGACCCAGCUGACCGAGCUCUCUGAACUCGAGCUGUGUCCCAACGAGGACAGUGUCAUGUCUCUCGCUGUCGUCGGACCCCAGAAAGAAAAGCCCGCAACAGUCACUGUGUUCGCAGGAGUCAAUUCGAGUCCGGACGAUGUUAAUAAGGGCCAGAACAAGCAUAUGCGUGCGCUAACUAUCACCCAACCGGGAAAGUCGGCCAAGACUGGCGGUGUGAAAAUCUCCGAGGUCGCGCGCGAUGCGCUGUUCGUGCAUAGAGACAAAGAUACUUACCAGCGGAUCCUCAGGCUUUCGCCCCCUCACGAGGGCCUCAAAUCCUCCCCGCGAUUAGGCGCUGCUGCCACUGGCUUAUCCAAGCACCCUCAGAUCGCUUUAUUCGAUGUCCCCAGCACUAACAGCCCUCGGUGGAAAACGAGGGGCAGGCUGGAGCCUCGCGUGGAAGCCAUGGAUCUCGACGUGAUUCAGACCGGCCCCGACACUUAUCAGCUCGCCUACUGCGACGACCAUGAGGUCUUCACCGUCGAAGUCUCCAAGGCCGAGGUCUCUGAGCCCAGAUGUGUAUAUACUAUCGAGCCCGACGCAGGAGAGAAUGUCAAAGCCUCUUUCAAGUCAUUACGGUACUUGACAUCGGGUUUUCUUGUCACCGUCGUGAACAACCCAAAGUCCCGCGGUGUCGCUCUACAUGGCCUGAGGCUGCCGAAAAAUGAUAAUGAGAACGCUCGGUUAGCGAUCCGCGCCAAAUUGCCGAGCAGUGUAUCCAAAGCCACAAGUCUGGCUGUACGGAACCUAUCCCCCGUCGCAUCGCCGUCCGAUAAACAGGGUGAAGCCCAGUUUGUCAUCGCCGUCGCCGGAAAUGACUCAUCCAUAUCUCUCUAUACUUUAGAACAUAAAAGUGCUUUUGACUCCGACAUACUCUCCGAUCUCGCCCCGUUCCAGGUCCUCAAGUCCGUACACCCGUCGAGUAUCACGAACUUAUCCAUCUCUACCUUUUCACCACCACAGGGAUCGGCUAAGUCGACCUCGGAGCUAUGCGUGAAGCUCGCGAGUGUAUCGGUUGGCUGCUCAACUAUUGUCCACAAUAUACCCAUUAAAAAGCAUGUGGACAAGUCAGCGUCUACUAAGUCAGAAGACUCUGCAAAGUCGUCGCGCUACAUUGUUGCCCUAAAAUCCAAGGGCGAAUCACCGGCUCUUGUUAUUACCUUGAUAUCUCUUGUAUUCCUCAUUUUGCUACUUACCGGCCAGGUCCUAAUCGAGGCCAAAGACAUGGGCACCCCUAAACUUGGAGCCAAGAAAUAUCUUCCCGCGUCAUGGACAAUACCACUACGAAAAGUGCCGAGAGUGGAAGGGACAGAUAACAAACAAAAGACCAUUGAAAAUCUACUUUCAGACAUCAACACACAUCAGUCACAACCAAUGGUUAUUAAACACGAGGAUUUAGGAGUGGUCGGGCCAGAUGGUCUUCCAGUGCUGCAGGUUGAUGUUCACAACGAGGAGACUCAUGGACCAGCCACUUCAUGGGAAAAUCUAGAGAAAAAGGACCAAGACUUAUGGAAGCAACGCCUCAAGCAGUCGGGCCACUGGAUGGAAGAAAUGGGCGAGAGCAUAUUUAAGGGUGUUCUGUUUGGAGAGAUUGGCGGUGCCAUUGGUAAUAUUGUCGGCGAGGCACUUUGAAGAUAUUAUACCCCAGCAACAGCAAAAGGCUACAAUUAGCCACAUGGAGUCAAAACAGGGACGCCAAAAGUACAUAUUGCCACGAUUUUGUGUGUUUGUACGAUCAGUCGUGUACGAAUUAUAGAGUUAGUUCUCAGCGUCGACAUCGACA